AGUAAAUGAGUUCAAAGCAAGAAGAAUAAGGACAAGGUAUUUACAUAGAAAAAUCUUUAGUUCGUAAGUCUUCAAGGCAAAAGAAAAUGACAGAAAACUUUAAAGAGAUGCUCUAGGAAAUCAAAGAAUAAAAACCAUCAGCCAAGAAAUCAGAUUAAAAGUAGGAGAAGUAUUAAUAAAAGAAAGUUUAGGAAUAAAAGAAAGGUAAUAUAAGUAAUAAUAUUUUAGUAUACGAAUAUGGAUUUAUGACUGAUUGGGUUAAUUGUAUCUAUCCACAUGAUAAUGGAUAAACUUUUGAUCUAUAGAUUUAAUUCUGUGUUUUAAAGCCUAAAAAACCAGCAAUAAAAAAACAAAAAAAGGAAUAAACAGAAGAAGGAGUAUCUACUAUGAAUUAAAUUAGAUUAUGUCUUUGAUUCAAAACUUAUUGACUAAUCUUAAUUAGAAUCCAGAACAAGUGAGAAGACAAAAUGAUUCUCAAAUAUAAAAAGUUUAAACGACAAACGAUGGAAUAAUUGUCUAUCAUCCUUACUUUAAGAAAAGUAAAAUUUCUAUUAAUAUUCAAGUUGAAUAUUAAAGCAAGAAACCUCAAUAGAUUGAUAGUAUCGAAGCAACUCCUGAAUUAGAAAUCCUGCAGCAGAAGUUUGAAUCAAUUAAAAAGACUUUUAGGCCUUUAAUACUCAUUUGA